AUGACAAGCAAAGUGUCUUCUUCUCGACCUACCGGUUCUGAUUCAAUCAGACAACAUCACAGCAGUGGCUCAUCUAAACCGCCAAGGCGGGACAAGGAGCAGAGCGGCAAUGGAGGAAGCCACAAGAAUUUUGCACUGGGCAGAAAACCAUGUAAGGCAGGUGAAAGGCCACUGAUAUGUUCAGAGUGUGAGAAAUAUUUUACACAGAAAUCAGACCUUAUUACAAAUCAGCGAACUCACAUAGGUGAGAAGCCAUUUCCAUGUUCUGAGUGUGGGAAAUGUUUUGCACACAAAUCAUAUCUUGUUAUACAUUACAGAAGUCACACAGGUGAGAAGCCAUUUCCAUGUUCUGAGUGUGGGAAAUGUUUUACACAAAAAUCACAACUUGUUACACAUCAGCGAAGUCGCACAGGUGAGCAGGCAUUUCCAUGUUCUGAGUGUGGGAAAUGUUUUGCACACAAAUCACAUCUUGUUAUACACCACAGAAGUCACACAGGUGAGAAGCCAUUUCCAUGUUCUGAGUGUGGGAAAUGUUUUACACAAAAAUCACAUCUUGUUAUACAUCAGAGAAGUCACACAUCUGAGAGGCCAUUUCCAUGUUCUGAGUGUGGGAAAUGUUUUGCACACAAAUCAGCUCUUGUUAGACAUAACAUAAGUCACACAGGUGAGAAGCAAUUUCCAUGUUCUGAGUGUGGGAAAUGUUUUGCACACAAAUCACAUCUUGUUAUACAUUACAGAAGUCACACAGGUGAGAAGCCAUUUUCUUGCUCUGAGUGUGGGAAAUGUUUUGCACACAAAUCAGUUCUUGUUAGACAUCACAGAAGUCACACAGGUGAGAGGCCAUUUCUAUACCCUGAGAAAUAAAUCAGCUUUU